AUGGCCCUUAGGGAUCUUUCAGGGCAGAAUUUAGGGUCUAUCGUGCUAAAGAACUUCUUAGUAUUGCUUAGCGUGGAACAACCUCAAUUCAUGCAGAUGGCGGUUGUCGAGGCUGCUAUCGCAGAUGCUCUUAUGUCACGCAUCUUCAGGCCACAUUAUGCCCUGGACCUGGUGGAAACAGCCCAACUGCUCGUACAUCUUAAUAGGCAAGACUCCCGCCGCGAGGCCCUCCGAAUUGUGGAAUUCCUUUUUGGCACGAAGACCGAGACUACCAUCAAAUUCUACGAGGGCUUGGUUGUCAUCUUUAGGAGAGGAAUCGAGAUAUGGCGUGUUGUCCAGAGGAGUUGUCUUCGACCCGGCGUUUUUGGUGUACUGGAUAAUGAUACAGACUGGAACGAAGAUACUGACAAGCUUGGUGACUAUGAUAGCCUGGUUGAUCUAGAGCCUGAGCAAGAAGUUUUCAGACCUGAGAUCGUGGAUCCUCUUCUAGCCCUGUUCCCACGAACCUGCCUGGGCGAAGAAAUCAUGCAUAGAGGUUUUGCAUUGUGGCCAGAUCAGAAUGCCGUGGUUACUACGCACAUUUCCUCUCAAGGGUUGGGAAAACGGACUCAUUAA